CCUUUUCGCGCCCGCCCACGCCCCGGGACAUUCAAACAGGGAAAAUGUCGCUCAAGGUCAACGUCCACUCGGUGACCGGCAAGAAGCUGCUGAUCGACAUCGAUCCCGAGGAGACCAUCCUCACCCUCAAGCGUGUGCUCCAUGAGCAGCAUGGCACCGCCCCUCCGGAGCGCCUGCGCCUCAUCUUCUCCGGCGCCGUCCUCACGGACCCCACCGUCCUCAACACCCUGAGCCUUAACCCCACCUCCUUCUUCGUGGUGGUGGAGUCGCGCUCGCGCCCGGUCGCCGAGCCGAAGCCGGCCCGUCCGGCUGCCACUGCUGCCGCCGCCGCCCCCGCCGCUGCCACCACCACCACCACCGCCACCACCACCACCACCACCCCGGCCACCCCCUCGCAGCCCACUGCCGCCACCAACCAGGCCCCGGCCGCCCCUGCCGCUGCCGCCGCCACCGCGGCCGCGGAGACCGUCUCCCCGGCCGUCACCGCGGCCGCCGCGGCCGGGCGCCCGGCCGUCGGCUCGGAGCAGCUCGAGUCCAUGAUCCUCAGCCUCAUGGAGAUGGGCUUCGACCGGGCGAUCGUCGAGCGCGCCCUCCAGGCCGCGGACUUCGUGCCGGACCUGGCCGCGGAGUUCCUCUUCUCCGGCUUCAUUCCGGCUCCGCGCGGUGCCUCGGCCGGCGCCAUGGCCGGCGCCUCCAUGAUCGGCGCCAGCGACGACGACCAGGGCUCCGACGAUGAGUACUCCCAGAAUGCCCUGCUCUCGCUCAUGCACGGCGACGACGACAUGGAGGACGAUGAUGACAACCCUCUCGAAGCCCUGCGCAAUCUGCCGAUCAUCCGCCAGUUGCGCCAGGCCGUGCGCGCCCAGCCCUCGGCCCUCUCGCCCAUCCUGGCGCACUUUGCCCAAACCAAUCCCCCCUUCUUCCAGCUCAUCUCCCGGAACCCCCGGCAGUUCAUCCGUCUGCUGGCGGCCGACGAUGAUGAUGACGAUGAGGCCGGCGAGGACGGCGACGACGAUGCCAUGGAGUUUGACCAGGACAUCAUGAGCAUGCUCGCCGGCGAGGACGGCGGGUCCAUCUCCGGCGAGGAGAUCCUCAGCGACGGCGAGGGCCCCGGCCCGGACGGCAACGACCUGCCCGAGGGGUCCAUCGCCAUCACCCCGCAGGAGCUGGAGUCCAUCCGCCGCCUCAUGGCCCUCGGCUUUUCCGAGGACCGCGUGCUCAACGCCUUCCUGUGCUGCGACCGUGACGAGAACCUCGCGGCCAACUUCCUCUUCGACAACCCGGAGGACGACUGAGCGCCCCCUCCCCCUCCCCUCGGUCUCCCCCUCUGUCGUGUCGGCUCCUUGCUUCCUUCUUCUCGCCCCCUUUCCGUGCCUCUGUUGUAAUCUAUCCCCCUCUGCCUGGCCAUGCCGGGGUGUCGGCGUGCGCGCGCGCGCGCGCUCACACCGGCGCUGGUCGGCUACCCCCUCCUGCAUUAAAAAUAAACCGCUAGAAUAAGACCCGC